CCGGCUUCGAAGCUUCCACAAGCCACAGCGCGCUCAUCCGGCGUACCACCCGAAAAGUCCACAAAACCAACAACCCUUUGUGCGCCGGCUCUCUGCAAACAAUGAAACGCGAGAAACUAGUGCGCGCGCGAACUGCAAGCUGUGACCGCACGUGAAAACCCUUCCCCUUUCAGUGCUCGACGGCUGAACAUUUAUCUGUUGCCCGGUGGGGUGCGCUUUGUUGCCGAUCGACCGUCGUGUUGCUCUUCUUCCGUGCCAGUGUGUGUAGUUGGCAGUUCCGCGCCAAAUCGUGGUGGUGCAGGUGGGCCAGCAGCCCUAAGUGAAUAACAUUUCGGAACGGCGUGGUUUGUUGUUGUUUAUAAUUACCCAAUCGAAGGGCGCGCGAGCGUUCCGCGGUGUGCUGCAGUCGGUCAUCAUCAGCUGUGGCAGAAGCAGGGGCGGCUCGCGUUCACACGGUGACACCCCAAACCAGCAGCGUUUAUUUGGGGGAAGGUGUUUGGCCUUUUGAGACGCUGGUGUGUGUGGUCGUUUUGUUGCGUUUUGUUUUUUUUUUCGCUUUUGUUCUAUUUGUGGCCGCGUGUGCGAAAAACAAGAAGGGUGCGAUAUUUUUAACACAACCAAAACAAACCACCUUUCGCAGCACGCACGCGCGUCCUCACAUGCAGUGUGUCGCUGAACGGUCGUCGUCACUGUUCGUGACCUUUGCAGCAGAAGACGCUGCUGCUCUCUCGCUAAUGGUUGCAAACUUUUGGUUGUUGUGAUCCCGCCCCCGGUUGGUCGUCGACGAUCGGAACAGUUCACAUCCCCCUUGAGUGCACAUCGGGGGAUAGUGGGGUUUUCGGCUAGGUGCAUCUGCACCUGUCAGGCGCGUGGAAUAGUUGUUGCGGUCGCUGGAGACGCUGUUGCGCUUGGCUCAUCUAACUUUCACCGUCCAGGCGCGUCCAAGAUAACGAUAGUUGAUAACGCCUCAACCCAGAGGUGCCCGACGCGCGCUUAACAAGAAGCGAAAACGUCAGCUAGUGUGUGCCCACAGGCUUGAAGAUAGUGUGUUUGUGUGUGUGUGUGUGCCGUACGUAACGCGGGACGGCGUAAUCGGAGAGGUUAACUGUCAUCUCCCGAGUCAAACGUCAUUCAAACGCCGGCUUCUGGAAGUGUCCGUCGAAGGCAUCGCUAUCAGUGUAGCCUGAUCUAAGCAUGGGAAGCUAACCAAUCGUCUGUUUCGUCCCCGGUACUGAUCCGUGUUGUGUGCUGCGAUCGCGCGCUGUGUAUGGUGUGGUUUUGAAAAUCUGCAUUCUCCUUCCGCGCGUGGUUUCGGUGUGGUUUGGCGUGUUUUUUGGCCCGCCUGCCCUAGUGUCUAGUGUCGAUGAUUCGAAGCGGCCGUGGUCACUAGUUUCUGGUAACAUUCUGGGCCUGUGUGAUCUGUGUGAUCCUUUAAAGUGGCAGCAAUGGUGCAGCUAAUCAUGAUUCAUCACAUCGCACCGUACAGUAUACGGAUAAAACCGCAUGGACGCCUUUUCCACGAAACGUAGGCAACGUUACGCAACUGGCGGUGACUUUCACUCACCCACCCCAUAUUCUAAACAAGCGCAGCGAAGGAGAAAUAUUUUUUCCGAACAAGAGGUGUUCCGCAUGCUCGCCCCCCAACUGGAUCCAUUAGCGAGGCGCCACGAUCGCCAUAAUCGGGAAGAAUGGAUAUUAUCAGAGCGCCUGGAAAUAUUAAUAUUAAUGGUAGCGACGGCGGCAGCAGCAGUCUGGAGCCGCUGUUACGCAGCCCCCACGGGGCCAAAUCGAAGGACAAUAAUGGUGGGGCCGGUCUGCGGCAGCACAACUUCCUCGACGAGCAGCAGCAGCAUCGGCAACCGACCGGUGCCCGCAAUGGCCUAAAGGGGACGCCCGGCGGUCCGGUGGGCCCGGUUGGGACAGCGGUCCAGCAACAGCGCGCCACUCCAGCCCCGCCGCCACAGUGCCCGUCGACCGAUUCAGGCAACAGUUCCUGUGUGAGCAGCGGCAGCAGCAACGGUGCCGGCGGCAGCAGUGUUAGUGGUGGUGGUGGUGGUGGUAGUUGCAGCAGUGCUAGUGGUGCUUCCGGUGGCAGUGUAGUGGACGAACCAGAAACUAAAAAACCGCACCGUUCGUCACGUUCGCCGUCCGCGUCAUCGCUCAAGAAUUGCAACGUUUACGUAAACAGAACGUACGAUGACGAAGGUGCCAGUGCAGUGCGGCGUGCUGCGGCCGGUUCGGCCGUUUCGAUUUCGAUCGACGAAGGAAUUGACGCUAGUGGGCCGGCCGGUGAGGCACCGCUUGCCAGUGAGGGGCUGGGCGGCGGGAUGGUGGAGCAGGAAGAGGAAGAGAUCAAACCACUGCUGGAGGUGGCGCACGAGCGCCGCAAGACGAAGAGCAUCGUGAAGAGCCCCUCGGAGCAUCAGAGCAUUGCUGGGGAGCGGCCGGUGCGCCAGCUGAGCCUGCAGUUCUCCCAGCCGGAGUCCGUCAUCGUGGCCGACCGUCCUGUGCAUCAUGUGCAGUUCCGUGGCGGCAGCAAGUACGCGAGUGUGGCUGGGGGUGGUGCAGCGGGUAAUGGAGCGGCGCCCGGGCUCGGUACGGGUGAUGUCGAGCCGCACUGUUCCAGCCCGGUGGGCAGCAUCCUGUCCCACGGUUCGGCCACGUCGUCCUCCUCGUCUGGUUCAUCGUCGUCGUCGUCGUCCAACGAGAACAGCUCGCUGGGAGCGUACGCGGAAGCCCGCCCCCCGGACGGUGGCUGGGGCUGGGUGGUGUGCUUUGCCGCGUUCAUGGUGAACCUGAUCGCGGACGGUGUGACGUUCAGCUUCGGCGUGAUGUACAUCGAGCUGCUGGCGUACUUCGGCGAGGGCAAGGGCAAGACGGCCUGGGUGGGUUCGCUGUUUAUGGCGAUGCCGCUGCUGUGCGGGCCGGUCGCCUCGUUCCUGACCGAUCGGUACGGCUGCCGGAAGGUGACGAUCAUCGGUUCGAUCCUCGCCUCAAUCGGCUUCGCGCUGUCCGCGUACGCAACGUCGAUCGAGAUGCUGUACCUGACGUUCGGCAUACUGUCCGGCUUCGGGCUGAGCCUGUGCUACGUGGCCGCGGUAGUGAUCGUUGCGUACUACUUCGACAAGAAGCGUUCGUUCGCGACGGGACUGUCGGUGUGCGGUAGUGGCAUCGGCACGUUUGUGUUCGCGUCGCUCACGCAGAUCCUGCUGGACGAGUACGGGUGGCGCGGUACGACCCUCAUCCUUGCCGGCGUCUUCCUGAACAUGUGCCUGUGCGGACUGCUGAUGCGCGAUCUCGAAUGGACGACGCACAAGUCGAAGCAGAAGCGGCGCAAACAGCAGCAGCAGCAGCAGCAAGCUGAUUCGGUGAGCAACAGUACGAACACGGCCGGUGGUAACACGAGUGUGCUGAUGGGUAACGGUGGCAUCAUCGACGGCGUGCCGGCGGCAGGGUUGGACGAUGCAGCGAACGACCAUCCGUACGAUUUGGACGAUCCGCGGCUGUUCAGCUCGCUGAUCACGCUUCCGACGUACCUGCAGAACGGUAGCGGCCAGGACAAGCUCACGCUGGAGGUGCUGGCGAUGCUGAGCAAGCAGCACAACAUGCACGACCAUCACGUGCUGCAGAACCUGCCGGUGGCGCGCAUGGCCAGCUCGCACAGCUUCAGCCAGCCGCUUCAGUCGCCCCAGAGCGGCGAAAACUUGGCGGACGCGAAGGAGCAGGAUGGAGUCGCCCCGGCCGUGGUGGCAAACGAUGGCGAGCAGUCGCUGGAAGCGAAGGAUAACGGCAAGCAGCAGCAGCAGCAGCAAGGACUAGAGAGCGAUGGCACCGGGACCACCGUGGUGCAACCGUCGCGUCACCGAGCAGCCGGCGGGCAGCGGUCCGGUGCAAGGGGACGGCACGGGGAGGAGGCCGGCGGCGGCACCAGCUCGUACGAGCCGAGUACCGCGCUGCCGCCGCCCGUGUUUCUGCGGCGGGUGCACAGCCACAGCACGCGCGGUACGGCCGCCGGCCCGCACACGGCGGGGCCGGCACCGGCCGCCACCGCAUCCUACCUGAAGGAUCUGCGGAUGCACCGCCACUCGCUGACCUACCGUGGUGCUAUGCUGAACAUUCAGCGCUACCGGCUGCGGGCCUCCUCCUGCCCGGACAUCUACCGCAACUCGAUGACGACGAUCGCAAAGGAGAAGUCGGCCUGGUACGCGGGCGUGGAGGAGUUCCGAACACUGCUGGUCAGUAUUCUGGACUUCUCCUACUUCUCCGACGUGCACUACCUGCUGUUUGCCGUCUCGAACUUCCUGCUCUAUACGUUCUACGACGUGCCGUACGUGUACCUCGGCGACAACGCGACGCAGAUGGGCUUUUCCCACACGCAGUCCUCGAUGCUGAUCGCCAUCAUCGGCAUACUGAACAUGGUGGGCGAGGUGGUGCUCGGAUGGAUGGGUGAUCGGAAGUCGGUCAAUGCGAACUACACCUACGCCAUCUGUAUGGCGCUGUGCGGCCUGGUGACGGCUCUCGUACCACUGUUCAAAGAUUACACGAGCCUUUCCGUGUUGGCUGGUGGAUUUGGACUGUUUAUAGCAGCAAACUAUUCGCUGACCAGUAUUAUUCUGGUGGAACUCAUCACGCUGGAACGUUUCACCAACGCGUACGGGUUGCUGCUGCUGGUGCAGGGUGUAGCCAAUCUCGUCGGUCCGCCACUGGCAGGCUGGAUAUCCGAUCUGACCGAUUCGUACGAUCUGGCAUUCUAUCUGGCCGGCUUUUUCAUAGUCAUCUCCGGUGCGCUGCUGCUAGUGCUGCCCACAAUACUGAAGGUGCGUAAGAUCGUGGACAAACGGCGGCGCAGCUCGGCCCUUGCCAAUGGCGAUAGCGUCAAGCUCAACAAGAAGGUAUCGUCGGCAAGCUAUCAGCAGCAAAACAAUAAUGUCGCCACGAAACCCGUCGCACUCGAUCUGAAAACCACGUUCGUGAGCAAUGGCAAGCGCAUCGUGACGGGAGUCGACGCCAAGAAUGGUUCCACCCCGAACGGGAUGGGCACGGGCGGCGGGCACGUGUUUGGGCUCAACGGCUACAAGCUGCCGAUCGAAGAGGGGGCCACGGUUUAGGGUGUUGGUGGAUGGAUGUGGUACACUGUGCCCGGCUGUACUCCCGUUGUAAUCGGUUUCUUCCAUAACAUUGUGAACGUAUGAGGGCUCGCAGAAAGCGUUGCUGCGUCGCGUAAGGGCGUAGACAAUGCGCACCAAUUUGACAAUUGGUAAAACGUUUAGAACCAUCGUAACCGUAAUAUUUGGAAACACACACACAUAUACUUGAGUAGGAGAUUUUUUUGGGUCUGUUUAUUAUUCUGUUUUCUACCUUGUCGGUAGGAUAAAUUUUGAAUGUACUAUUUGCGUUUCGUUCUUGUUAUUCGCGCGCGACACAGCCCCGCCCGUACAUAGCCACCCGCAAGACUGGUGGAUGAAUAUAUACCUCAGACUUUAUUCACUUACUGUAAUAGCAAGCAAGCAAAACUCAUUAAACACAACAACAAGAAGAAGAAGAAGAUAUGGAAUCACCAGUAACUGAGUAAAUCGAGUUGACACGGAGACAAAUUGCUUCCACUAAGUUGGCUCCCUUUUGUGGAACGUUUAUUUUUGAAGAUUUUUUUUAAAUGUAUCGUUUUAUUUCCUUUGUAUUCAUCUAAUAGUGAUUGAGCUGGAGAAAAGGGAAGCAAAACAAGAACCUUUCCUGUACCAGUACAUAUGUAACACAUUUGAAGUGAAUAGACACGCUAUUUAUAAACAAAAAAACUAUAAUCGAUAUUACACCAUAGGCAAACUCUGUACCAUGUUACUGAACUUUGGAGACGAUAUAACGAUAGUGAAGCUGAUGAGCGCAUUUGGCUAGAUUGCGUUCGAUUUGAUGAAACCCAAUAUUUCCUCAGGCUCGCUCCCCACUUUUUGGCUCCGUUUGUACGAGGGCCGUCACAUCGGCCCACGGUGUAUGUCCGGGGUUAGGAAAAAACAAAGGAAUGACAAGCAACAUUUGCUUUACCGUGGAAAGUUGAAGAUCAACAUUACAAAACUUUAGCACCCUUUUUCUCUCCUCGCAAAUCCCCGCCGCUUUUUGCAGCCAUACAAGGUUGGCGUACGGUAUUGUAGGCCGUUUCGAUGAAGCGCAGAUGCUUGGAAAGCUUUCCAAACAAUUUUUCUCCCAUUAUUCUACACGGCAUAGAGCAAUCAUCUAAUAGUAAUAGGACGUACGUCUGUUUGAAAUGGUAAAUAGUGCGGCCACCCGUUUUGCCACACAUGCAUGGUGUGGUGGUGUUUGAAUUGCAUUGUUUGUUGCAACGGUUGAACGCCAUUGCAUAUGUUUACACAACAACAUAUUGACAAUUUUUGCGGAACGGAUGAUUACGCGAAACUAUAAUGAUACGUAAUGCAGGUGGAGAUACAAUUGAAGCGGAGGUGCAAACACUAGGUAGAGAGAGAGGGAUAGAGAAAGUGAGAGGGGAAAGAUAAAUAAUAUAUAAAUAUAUUCAUCAGCUGUGAUCACCUAGUAUAUAUUAACAAAUACUAAACUAAAGCUAGUAAAGCGAUGCUAAUUAGACACCUAGACCGUAGUAGAGAAUUGAAAGACACAUUUAAGUACACACCUACACUAUACGGAGGCGAAGGACGAUAAAGGAAAGGCUAGGAUAGGGUAAAAGUGAUUGGUAAGGAACGGUGGAAGCGUUUUGUCAGCAAGAGUCAGCCGACGACGAACAACGAUUUGGUGGUGAAGGGCAGCAUGUUUGUGGUUUAAUUUGAAAUAGACAUUAAUUGAUUAUGUUUUUCUUCAAGCACGUGUUGGCCACGAACGGAAGGGAACAGGAAAAAUGGGAUGAUAAAACAAAAAAUCUAAUUCUAAUUAGACACUACUACUGCACACGGGAGAAGCUGAUAGGAAUAAGAACGAUUAAUAGGUAUCAAAACAAAAGGAAGGGAAAAAACACAAGAAAGUGAAGAUUUCUUUACUACAAACACAUAAAAUCAAAUGGGAACAAACUCAACCACGAUGAGGCUAUGCUGAUGCAAAUGAAGGAAAGGAGGUGAUCGACUAAAUCAGGUGAUGAACACGUUUCUGCCAAAUAGGAGGAAAGAUGGUAAAUGAAAGUCCAAAUUAGACUUCAAACAGAUGAAUGCUAUAUAUUUUGUAAUUUCAAUUAUUGUAUCCUUCGAAGAUAGAGUCCUGUGUGUCAUCCGCUCACUGGAGAGAGAGAGAGAGAGAGAUGUGUAUGUGUGUGU